AUGCAGGCCCGGAGGUCGCUUUUGAAGGCUGCACCCUUAAUCGCAGGGACGGCGGUGGUACUGGUCGAGAAAGAAAGAGACAGGCUGCCAAUAUACCCUAUCUCAACCCCAGAUAUCGUACUCUUGGACACGCCUUCAACACUGGAGACACGAAUCGGAACGGUUCGGAAGACCUUCACCAAGACAUACUCGGACGCAUAUUCGCAAGUUCAGGACGUGGUUUCCAAAUGGAUUGGUGUCGAGCAUGCUAUUGAAAGUCGGGUGAAGGCUCUCAUUUCUCCAACGGAAUCCAUAACGCCAGGAAUUCUCUAUGUGGGAAUUGCCACCCUCAGCGGAUCCAUAAUAGCGCGAAAUCGCCUGCUAGCUACUCGGCUAAUACUACCGCCUACACUACUCGUCCUUUCCAUGAACCAUUUCCUCCCACAAACGUCCGCCAACAUCUCCGAAUAUCUUGGUGCGCUCGAAGACACCUACUUCCCUACUCUUGCACAGAAGCAUGCCGUCGCCAAUGCACACACUAGGAUGAGUUGGGAGAUGCUGAAGGACUCUGCUGCGAACGGAAAACAGAAGUUUGACGCAGGCGUGGAGACGGCCGUGGACAAGAUUCAGGAGUCAACAGGCUUGAAGCUUAGGGAGGCUAUGGGCUGGGGAAAGAGUGUCUCAGAAAAGGUCGAGAGCAAGGUAUUAGAUGCCGUCAAGGCUGUAGAAAAGAAGGAGGAACCUUCUAAAACGGACGAGAAAUCUGUUUAA